AAGGUGGAGUUGAGUUUUCCAGGUCCUAGAGGGGAAGCCCUAUUUUUGGGGGAGAAAGGAACUCCCUUUUUCAGCAAAGGUGAGCACAAUAGGGGAGCUGGAUGUAGGCCUGGGAAUUGUCAGACCUGUUGGAGGCUUCUGCCACGGGAAGAAUUUACGACAUAAGAUAGAUGAUGGAUUUGGGACAAUAGCUUCUGCACCCAGAGCUUGUGUCACUUGGUUACUUUUAAAAUUAAGAUUGCCUAGUGUUUUCCUUUCGCGACCAUAUUUUGAAGUUGGGUUCUGAGAUAAUCCAAUCCCUGUCGGUCUGGUUUAUGAAGUUGUCCAAGAUCAGCCCAGACCCAUAUGCUCUGGGUUCCCAAGGCUGGUGCGCUCUGGCUCAGUGCCCUUCUCCUGCUCCUGAAUGCCUCCUUCUCCUGGACUUGGACCCCUGAGGGCAGCCUGCCCUGCUUCAAGCCUUCGCACCCGCCCAGUCUGGGUCUCACCAUGCGCUAACCCUAGGCUCACACUCCCUGCGGUAUUUCUCCAUUGUCAUGUCCUGGCUGGGCCUCCGGGAGCCACGGAUCAUAGUCAGCGGCUGCAUAGAUGAUACGGAGUUCGUGCGCUUGGACACCAACAAGGAGAUUGUAAGCCUGAAGCCCCUAGUGCCUUUGCAGGAGCAGGAGGGGCUAGAGUACUGGGAGCAGCAGGUUCAUAAAGUCAAGACUCAAGAACAACAGUCUGCAAGGAACCUGAUGAUGCUGGUUCGUUUUUACAAUAAGAGCAUGGACGACUUCCACACACUACAGUGGCAGCAAGGCUGCGAUGUGGGGUCAGAUGGGCGCCUGCUUCACUGGUACGACCAGCUCGCCUUUGAUGGUGUAGAUCACCCCACCCUGAACAAAGACCUGCGUUUCUGGACAGCGUGGACCAGCACUGUAGCUCAGAUAUCUCAGCCUGAGUUAGAAGCUCGCCUGAAGGACAACUGCUCAGAGCUGCUGCAGAAAUACCCAGAAAAGGAAAAGGAGAGGCUGCUGCGUUCAGACCCGCCACGGGCACAUGUGACCCGGCACCCCAGACCUGAAGGUGAUGUCACCCUGAGGUGCUGGGCCCUGGGUUUCUACCCUGCUGACAUCACCCUGACCUGGCAGUUGAAUGGGGAGGACCUGAUCCAAGAAAUGGAGUUUGUGGAGACCAGGCCUGCAGGGGAUGGAACCUUCCAGAAGUGGGCAUCUGUGGUGGUGCCCCUAGGGAAGGAGCAGAAGUACACAUGCCUUGUGGAGCAUGAGGGGCUGUCAGAGCCGCUCACCCUGAGAUGGGAGCCUACCCAGGAUUCCACCACUACAAUCAUUCUAAUUAUUCUACCCACUGUCUCUGCAAUUGUCCUCUGUGUUGCUGCUGCUGUGGCAAUUUGCAUAUGCCUGAAGAAGAAGGCAGGUGAAAGAGGAAGGCACGACACCAGGAAGCAGAUGGAGACAGUCCCCAAGACUCUUGCAGGAUUGUUGUGGAUGAUCAGGAGAUCGAGGGUCCCUCUUGGAAUACUGAGAACUACAGAACUCAUCUAGGAUUCCGCUCUGGGACUUUAGGAUUGCUUAGCUUGUCAUUCUAAAAGAGGUACCAGCCUGUCCUCCCUGCUCCCACUGUGGGUGUUGUUUCCCUGUGGCUUUCAGAAGGCUUUGCUUAGUCUCCUCACUCAGGAACAUGCUCAACAGAACACGUGCAGCUGUGCCCCCUCCCCCACCGCCCUGUAGGAUCGCCUUCCUGCUGUGCCCCCUCCCCCACCGCCCUGUAGGAUCCCCUGCCUGCUGUGCCCCCUCCCCCACCGCCCCUAUGGGAUCGCCUGCAACAUCUACUGAAGAAUGGAAUCUUUCCUUUUAUAUCCCAUCAGUUGGCCAAUCUUCAUUGUCAACUCGACUGGAUUUAGAAGGACCUGGGAGACGCCCCUUUGGGUGGCUGUGAGGGUGUCUCUAGACAGGUUUAGCCAACAAGGCAUUCAGGUGGCUUAGGCAGAGUCUCAAGAGAAAACCAGCAGCACACCAGCAGGACUCCUUCAUGACCAGGGCAGGAGCAGGCCACUUCUUACCACACUGGACAGAAACAGGUCCCUCCUUUCUGUCUUGAAGAUCUGUCCACCUCUCUCUUCUCUAAGUGGCUUCUUGUCAGGCAUUUUGCCAUGUUGUCAAGGGACACAGAGAGGGGGCCAAGCUCCAUCCUCUCACACACCUCAUUCUGGCUACUACCCCCAAUGUUUUGGGGACAUUUAAUCAGGUCAAGUUGGGACCAAUUACUUUGAUGCAGAAAAGAAUUGUGGACUAGUAGAAAUGGGGUUUAAUAAAAAAAUUCUAUUUUUGGUAUUUUAA